AUGUCAAAAACCAGCGUUGGUGUAGUAACUGGGUUGAUAGUUGUCAAGUUAGAUUGGAGUCCAAAGGCGCGGAUGGAUCCAAUGGGGUCGAACGGUGUUGAUGCUAACCACGGAAAUGAUAAACUCCAUAAAUCGUUCAUCAGUGCGUGGGGGAAGUGGGGCGAAAGCGCAGUGGUGAGGAAAGGCAAGAUUGUUGGCCCCCGUUUUGGUGUGAGACACAAGGAAACACCGGCACUACGUUGGACCUCGGAGGCUAGGGAGAAGAAUCGAACAAAGUCGGUGAUAUCGGCAUGCCUCCGUGUGGAGAGCCUCGAAGCCGGCAGCCAAGGGAAUUUGGAAUGA